AUGGUCUUCUGCCUCCGGACUGCCUUGCAGUGGGCACCUGCCUCUUCUGUGGACCAUCACCCAUCCCAGCAGAACCCAAGCGGGCUCCAUGGGAUUUACUUGCGGGCCUUCUGCACGGGGCUUGACUCUGUGCUGCAGCCCUAUCGUCAGGCACUGCUUGACCUGGAACAAGAGUUCCUGGCUGAUCCUCAUCUCUCCAUCUCGCACGUUAACUAUUCCCUGGAUCAGUUCCAGCUGCUUUUCCCCUCGGUGAUGGUGGUGGUUGAGCAGAUCAAGACUCAGAAGAUUCAUGGCUGUCAGAUCCUGGAGACUGUCCACAAGCACAGCUGUGGAGGGCUGCCCCCCGUGCGCAGUGCACUGGAAAAGAUCCUGGCUGUGUGUCAUGGGGUUAUGUAUAAGCAGCUGUCUGCCUGGAUGCUGCAUGGACUGCUGCUGGAUCAACAUGAAGAGUUUUUCAUCAGACAAGGCCCAUCUUCAGGGAAUGUCCCUGCCCAGCCAGAAGAGGAGGAUGAUGACCUGGGAAUUGGUGGGCUAACAGGGAAACAGCUGCGAGAGCUACAAGACCUGCGCUUGAUUGAGGAGGAAAACAUGCUGGCACCAUCUCUGAAGCAGUUUUCCCUGCGGGUGGAGAUGCUACCAUCAUACAUUCCUGUGCGGGUUGCUGAGAAAAUCCUCUUUGUGGGAGAAUCAGUUCAGAUGUUUGAGAAUCAAAACGUGACCCUGACCAGAAAAGGCUCCAUCCUGAAGAACCAGGAGGACACUUUUGCUGCAGAGUUGCACCGACUCAAGCAACAGCCACUCUUUAGCCUGGUGGACUUCGAGUCUGUGGUUGAUUGGAUACGAAGUACCGUUGCUGAGCACCUGUGGAAGCUGAUGGUGGAAGAAUCGGAUUUACUAGGACAGCUGAAGAUUAUUAAAGAUUUCUAUCUCUUGGGAAGAGGAGAAUUGUUUCAGGCCUUCAUCGACACUGCACAGCACAUGCUAAAAACGCCACCCACUGCUGUAACCGAACACGAUGUCAACGUUGCAUUCCAGCAGUCUGCCCACAAGGUGCUUCUGGAUGACGAUAACCUCCUCCCCCUGCUUCACCUGACCAUCGAGUAUCAUGGGAAGGAGCACAAAGAUCCCUCUCAGGCCCGAGAAGGACCCUCCCGGGAGCUCUCACCCCGCGAGGCCCCCACCUCUGGCUGGGCCGCACUCGGCCUCUCUUACAAAGUACAGUGGCCGCUGCACAUUCUCUUCACACCUGCUGUCCUGGAGAAGUAUAAUGUCGUCUUCAAAUACCUGCUGAGCGUCAGGCGGGUGCAGGCCGAGCUGCAGCACUGCUGGGCCCUGCAGAUGCAGCGCAAGCACCUGAAGUCCAACAGAACUGAUGCCAUCAAGUGGCGUCUGCGGGAUCACAUGGCAUUCCUUGUGGACAAUCUCCAGUACUAUCUGCAGGUGGAUGUGCUGGAAUCUCAGUUCUCGCAGCUUCUGCAGCAGAUAAAUUCUACCCGGGAUUUUGAGAGUAUCCGGUUGGCUCAUGAUCACUUCCUCAGUAACCUGUUGGCUCAGUCAUUCAUUCUGCUGAAACCUGUUUUCCACUGCUUAAACGAAAUCCUGGAUCUGUGUCACAGUUUCUGUUCCCUCGUCAGUCAGAACUUGGGCCCGCUGGACGAACGCGGAGCUGCCCAGCUGAGCAUCCUGGUAAAGGGCUUCAGCCGCCAGUCCUCGCUCCUCUUUAAGAUUCUCUCCAGUGUCCGCAACCACCAGAUCAACUCUGACCUGGCCCAGCUGCUGCUCCGCCUCGACUACAACAAGUACUACACCCAGGCAGGGGGCACCCUGGGCAGCUUUGGGGUUUGAGCAGAGACCUGUUCUUAGGACCAUGUGCAAGAACACUACAAGGUGAAGUGAUGAGGAUGAGUACAGAUGAACCAAAAGCACCUUGCCACCAGUGGUGUUUCUGGGGAACUCACUCUGCUGUCUGAGCCCUUCCUGGCAACGGGCCCUGGUCACCAGUUCCCCAGAAAGGCCCCUCUCUUGGAAAGCGGUAACAACAAGUGUCUCGAAGCAAGGCUGUUCCACUCACAGAGCAUUAGUAAACUUGCUUGCUGUGGCAUGCAUGUAUCCCCUGCCACACACAGCCUGCUUGUGCAGGGCAGGGCCGUCUAUCCCCCAGGCUCCAUCCACAUCCUUCUCUCCCUCCUUUAAGCAAACGCACAGGAUCAUACAGCUCUUCCUGGCUGUUCACCUUGACCACAAGCAAUGCAGAAAGCGGUGAGACAUGUCCCCGUGGAUGUGGCUGUGCCAGCAGGUACUUGCGGCAAGUAAGAGCUUUCUUUGUGUCCAACACGUCGUUUUACAAUUGCCACCUUCUCUGCUUCCGAUGCACCGGCCCCAGGCUGACGGCUGGGCCUGGCAGCACAGAGGGAAAGCUUUUGCGUGAAGGGGCCUGUUGCCAGAGUGCAGCAGGCUGCUAAGGAGGAAGCCACGUAGGCAUCUAUGUGACCCUGGGCCUGGCUGCUAUUUGAACAGCAAGGGAGGCCUGGAGAGGUUUUCACUCUGCAGCAGUAAAUCUCACCUCCAGGGAGUUAGGGGACUGCUCCCUGCUUGGAGUCCGAGCCCACAGCAUGCUUUUUCAGUAGUGGUGUCCUGUGCUGCUGUUCUGGUUUCUGAGGCUGGCACUGGAGCAUUAGGAAAGAUGGGCAGUGAAUGAGAAGCGGGUGUAAGCCAGUAGCUCUCAGACUCUUUGGCUCGUGUAUCACUCCGAUUCCAUGUUACAGACAAUAAAGAGUAACGCUUCGUG